AUGUUUUAUCAAUCAAAAAACAUACCUGAGCACUGUGGUCGCAACGCCUACGAUUCUUUAUGGGCUAAAUUGCAUGAACAAUUCGGUCGGAUGGAAGCACGACCCCGUCUCAAUAAGCGAAUCGUAGGUGGUCGGAUAAGCCGAUUGGGCGAAUGGCCUUGGCUUGUUUCGAUGAUGUAUCACUUGCCUGCUGAUCUGGUAAUGGCUUAUAAGUGGAAUCCGGAGAAUCGCAACCAAGAAAGCAAACUAGGGACCGAAAGUUUUGGGCUUCAACAAAUUCCGCAGGAGGCAGGGGAAGAGGACGACGUAGAUUAUCUAAAUGGAGGAGACCAAAAUGAGGUAGAGGGCUAUGAAGAGAGCCUGGAGGCUGAGCUACAGAACUUUGUGCCGCCAACACUGACAUCACGUUUUGCAAAUGGCUCCCAAAGGUUUCAUCUUUGUGGAGGCACAUUGAUACAUCCACUAUGGGUACUGACAGCAGCCCAUUGUUUUGAGUGA